AUGAAUAUUUAAAUAGUGGAUUCAGCUGCCAAAAUCUAUAAAGCCGUCGAUGAACUAGAUUCCUUUAAAUAUGCCAGGUUCAAAUUCUUCACUAAUUACAUGCUUGUUUCAAACUAAAGACUUAAGAUUUUCGACUUUUCUGAGACUGUCCUCUAUCACUAAGACCAUCAAAAGUUUAUUAUCACAAGAAUCAACGAUUUUACUAGCGAAUUAGAAAUCCAUAUUGCUGACAGUAAAGAAAUCAAAGAAAAAUUUGAUUCAAUUGAUCAAGGCUUGUUGGAAAUAAAAAGUUAAAUGAAGGAAAGUAUAGAACUGCAGAAUUUCUAAAAAAUUGUAUCGGUCGAUCUUAAGGGUGAUCUUUUCAUCAUAGUAAUGACAGAUCGAUUGCUGACAUAUUGUUUGGCAUCAUUGGUUCGAAAUUCAAGUGAAAAAGUUUAUCCUUAAACCGAAAUAUUAUUGAAUCGCAUUCUUGUCUCGUUUAAGCCAUACGUUUCAGCAUACAAAUUUGAUAAACUUUAUCUAUUUUAAAAACAUGCUAGCUAUAAAAGCAAGACAAAUCAACUGAUCAUUAACUAUAAAAUCAUAGAGUUUAAACAACUUGAUAAGCAUUUGUAAAAUUGUAAAAUAUCAUUCCAAAGCCCCUUAGUGGCUUAAUCAUCUGAAACCAUGCUUUCAUUUUUAAACAAAGUCAAAGUUAAAGGCAAAAAUUCACUUCAUUUGAGCAUCUAUACCUAAUUUAAGAAUCAAACAUAUCUAUAAAAAGUCAUCCAUUAAGAUGGAGAGACAUUAAUAAUUAAAAAUUAAUAAUAGUAUUUUAAGCAAUCUGAUUUUCACUAAAUUUAGAGUAUCUCAAACAAAAGCAAAGGCACCAAAGUAUGGACUGGAUGA